CAACCUGUUAAGGCUGUCAGGCAUUGCCGCAUCGCUGCGACGAGGGACGCCAGCGCGCAACGCAGCCGACGAUGACCGACUCGGACCCGACCAUGGACGCCAGCGACCUCACGCCCUCGAAGCGCCGCAGGACGGCCGAGUCGUCGCCGACGCCCGCCACUUCACAACAACCGUACGUCCUGCCCCUCCGCGGCACGUCGCUCGCGAGACUCGCGGCCGACGUGGGAGCGAUGGCCGCGGCGACGGCGCGCCACGGCAAGUUCAUGGCGUCCGAGUUGUACGGCCCCCUCGUCGCGAUGGAGCAAGCCGAGGGCUGGGCGCGUUUAGAUUCAAAACCGCCGUCCGGCGGCGAGGCCGUGACGUGGCUUUGUCUCGACGUGGAGAUGUGCGAGCGGCGGCGGGACGGCGAGCGCUUCCCCGUGUCGGCCUGCGUCACGCGCACGAGGUGGGAAUCAAGUGUAGAUGGCGUCCGCGCGUCGCAAGAAACGUUGUUCAACGAUAAAAUUAACCCCGGAGACGAGCUCCACUGGUGGGACGACCAUCAAGCGCAAUUGAUAGACUGGAAGGAUUCCGUCCAUGGGCUAUCUAGGCAGGCCCACGUCGCCGCGCGGGGGUCGUUGGCAUCCGUCCAAGACGUGCAGCGGGUUAUAUUGUCGCGAUUCGACGACACGUGUUUUUUGGUCGGCCACAAGCUGUGCAGCGAUUUGCGAGUUCUCCGAAUUCACGGCGCGGCCCUACGAAGGCGCAGUAUCGACACGAUGCUCCUGCACUGGGGGCCUCGCGCCAGCGCGCCGGGCGUGCGCCAAUUACUCAAGCAGGUCGACGCGCCACAAAGUGUAGGUGAGGCGCACGACGCCGCGGCCGACGUCGCCGCUACUGUGGCUGUGGCCUUCUUUGACGUGAAGCGCCUUACACAGGGUCUUGAGAUUGGCCCGGCCUUCGCGCCGGCGCCACUCCUCGCCGCGGACGACCGCCAAAAAUGUAGAGUAGAAAUACCAGAAAGGAUGGUCGGUCGCGUCAUCGGCAAGAAGGGCGCGACCCUCGCCAAGAUUCGCGAGGCGUGCCCCCAGGUCUUCGUCGAGGUCGCGAGCAAGCAGCACGCGUUGAAGGACACGCGCCUCGUGACUUUGCGGGCCCAGGCGUCGGCGGACAUCGCUAGAUGUUUGGAUGCCAUCGCUGCCAAAGUGCCCGACUUACAACCCGUGACGGACGCGGCGAAGACGGAUUUGUUGGAGGACGUCGGCGUUUUGAGGGGGGGGUCGAGCUUCCGGGCGGUUUAGUACUUAAGUGGCUCGUUCGUU